AUGGUUGUCGAUACCGCCACACCAGGCAGAGAAGCUGAAGCAGUCGAUCGCCGCAGGGAAUCCGGCGCUGGUGAAGCAGGAGGCGACUUGGAGUUGACAACUGUUCUUGGCCUUGUAGCAGCCGGUUUGGUGGAAGGGGUGACGACGGUGGUGGUGCAGAGCUGGGGAGGCUGGGUGGUUGUUACGACGGGGGAAGACGUCGUGCUGGGCGGGCUGGUGGUGCUCGAGGCGAUGCUGCUGGUGGUUGAGACUACACUGGAGGUUGAAGACGAGCUAGAGGUCGACGACACCUCGCUCGAGGUCGAAGAGCUGGUGGUCGAGACCUCGCUUGAAGUGGAAGAGCUGGUGGUUGAAACCUCGCUCGAGGACGAGGACGAGCUGGUAGUCGAUUCUUCGCUCGACGUGGAAGAAGAGGUGGUCGACACAUCGCUUGAAGUCGAAGAGUCUGUGGACGAAACCUCGCUCGAAGUGGAAGAGCUAGUAGUCGAAGCCUCACUCGAUGUAGAAGAGGCUGACGUCUCAGACGUGGAGGAUUCAGUCGAAGAAGCCGAAGACUCAGUGGUUGAAGUUGAAGAUUCAGUCGAAGAAGCAGAGGACUCAGUGGCUGAAGUUGAGGACUCGGUGGUUGACGUUGAAGAUUCAGUCGAAGUCCAGGACUCGGUUACAGAGGUCGAGGAUUCAGUCGAAGAAGCAGAGGAUUCAGUGGCCGAAGUCGAGAAUUCAGUGGCUGAAGUUGAGGACUCAGUGGUUGAAGUAGAAGAUUCUGUCGAAGAAGCAGAGGACUCAGUGGCUGAAGUUGAGGACUCGGUGGUUGACGUUGAAGAUUCAGUCGAAGUCGAGGACUCAGUUACAGAGGUCGAGGAUUCAGUCGAAGAAGCAGAGGAUUCGGUGGCUGAAGUUGAGGAUUCGGUGGCUGAAGUUGAGGACUCAGUGGCUGAAGUAGAAGAUUCUGUCGAAGAAGCAGAGGACUCGGUGGCCGAGGUCGACGAUUCGGUGGUUGAAGUCGACGAUUCAGUCGAAGAAGCGGAGGACUCAGUGGCCGAGGUCGAGGACUCAGUUGCAGAGGUCGAAGAUUCGGUUGAAGAAGUAGAGGACUCAGUGGCUGAAGUUGAAGACUCAGUGGCCGAGGUCGAAGACUCAGUUGCAGAGGUCGAGGACUCGGUCGAGCUCGAGGAUUCGGCGGUCGAAGAGCUAGUGCUAGAAACCUCGGUAGAGCUCGAAGACUCAGUCGAGCUCGAAGCCUCACUGGAAGUCGAAGAGACAGUGCUAGAAACCUCCGUGGAAGUCGAGGACUCAGUCGAAGUGGAGGAGACCUCGCUCGAUGUCGAUGAGGCAGUGCUCGAAAUCUCACUCGAGGUCGAAGACGCCGUCGAGCUUACAGUCGAGCUCGAGACGAUCGGCACCAAGAUAAUCCUUCAUACAAGAGUCGGCCCUGACGGCCAAGGCUGGUGCAAGAAGAGCAUCGACGUCGACAGCACGGAAGUGGAGGGGAGAGGCCCCGGUGUGCUGGACGAGAUGAGCCGCCACGAGGGCAACGAGGGCCUUUAG